AUGUCGUGGAGACAGACCGGACAAACCGGUGCCAACACCAUUCCGCUCGGCAAGCGGCGCUUUGACAAUGACGAGGGGUCGCCGCCCGCAGAUGAGCCACAGCGCGACAUGAAGCGCGGCCGCAGCCCUGAGGUCAGAGUCAAGGCCGAGCCAGAACUCAACCCGGAUGGCACCAAGAAGCGUCGCAAGCGUAACCGCUGGGGCGAUGCGGCGGACAACAAGGCGGCAGGCCUCAUGAAUCUGCCGACUGCCAUCACUGCGCCAAUGACGGCCGAGCAACUGGAUGCCUACGUGACGCAUUUGCGCAUCGAGGAGAUCAGUCAGAAGCUGCGUAUCAAUGAUGUUGUUCCAGCUGACGGAGACCGCUCGCCUUCGCCCGCACCGCAGUACGACAACUUUGGUCGUCGUACCAACACGCGCGAGUUCCGCUACCGCAAAAAGCUGGAAGAGGAACGUCACAAGGCUAUUGAGAAGGCUAUGAAGAUCAUCCCCAGCUACCACCCGCCAUCCGACUACCGUCGUCCCACCAAGACGCAGGAGAAGGUCUACGUGCCCGUGAAUGACUACCCGRAGAUCAAUUUCAUCGGCCUGCUUAUCGGCCCUCGUGGUAACACUCUCAAAAAGAUGGAAACUCAGUCCGGCGCCAAGAUCGCCAUUCGUGGUAAAGGCUCAGUUAAAGAAGGCAAGGGCAAAUCCGAUGCGGCUCACUCUAGCAACCUCGACGAGGACUUGCAUUGCUUGAUCAUGGCGGAUACUGAGGAUAAAGUGAACAAAGCCAAGGAGUUGAUUCACAAUGUCAUUGAGACGGCUGCAUCUAUUCCAGAAGGCCAGAACGAGCUGAAGCGCAACCAGCUUCGUGAACUUGCAGCACUCAACGGUACUCUCAGAGACGAUGAGAAUCAAGCUUGCCAGAACUGCGGUGAAAUUGGACACCGAAAGUACGACUGCCCGCAGCAGCGCAACUUCACUGCCACUAUCAUCUGCCGUGUCUGUGGAAAUGCCGGUCACAUGGCCCGCGACUGUCCAGACCGGGCCCGUGGAACCGACUUCCGCAAUUUGCCGCCUCGUGGCGCCCCUACAAACGCCUUGGACAAUGACUACGAGAACAUGAUGAAGGCGAUCGGUGGAGGCGGAGACAGCACUGCGAACGCAAGCCGCCAGAUUGGUUGGGAGGAGGGUGUUGCUCCACAAGGCGACGCAGGCGCGCCACAAAGAGCGGCCGCGCCAUGGGCGAAGGGCCCGACCGGUGCCCCGGCUCCAUGGGCCCAACGCCCUGAACCUACCGGUGGCCCAGCCCCUUGGCAGCGUGGACGCGACAACAACAACUAUCAAGGCAACCAAGGAGGCUACAACGCUGGAUACAACGCUGGUCCGCCAGCAGGUGGUCCACCACCUUGGGCAGGCGGCGGCGGCGGCGGCGGCGGUAUGGCUCCAUGGCAGCAGCAGCAACCUCAGCAACAGCCUGGCUACGGAUACGCCCCUCCCGGUAUGCCCUACGAGGCUCCACCACCACCACCUCCCACUUACGACGCUCCACCGCCACCCCCACCAAGCGACAUUCCUCCYCCUCCACCGCCCAACUAG